AUGGUCGGAUGCCAUGAGGUAGUGUUCAAGAAGAUAUUGGAUCAGCUCACGCCAAAAUCAACUAAGAGGAGCAGAAAAGUUGUUUCGAUUGUUGGCAUGGGAGGAAUCGGCAAGACCACUUUAGCACACAAAGUCUAUGAACAUCCAUCAAUUACUUUUCAUUUCGACAAGCGAGCAUGGGUCACUAUAUCCCAAGGGUAUAGCGUGGAACAAAUGCUCCGAUGUCUUAUUGGUUGUGUUACUAAAGCAUCAAGUGAUGAACUCGAUGAACAGAGCACUGGCCAAGACCAAUUAGCUGAUUGUCUGCAUAAACACCUGAUUGAGCAGAGAUAUUUGAUAGUGAUAGAUGAUAUAGGGAGCACUUCUACUUGGGAUAGUGUGCAAAGAUGCUUUCCAGAUGAUAAUAAUGGAAGUUGUAUACUAUUGACUUCUCGGUACAAAAAGGUGGCUAAAUAUUCUAGCUCAGGUAACUUUAUCAUUAACAUGCCUUUCUUAAAUGAUGAUGAAAGUUGGAGUCUCUACUGCAAAGUGUUUGGUAAAAUUGAAUUUCCUCCAAAGUUUGAGCAAAUUGGUAGAGACAUAGUGAAUAAAUGUAAAGGAUUACCUCUAGCUAUUACUGUAGUAGCUAGUCUCUCUCCAAGACAAAGGAGGUGGAAGAAAAGUGGGAGAAUGUUGCAAGAAGUAUAA